AUGCCUCCUCCGACUUCUACGAUUGCAGCUGCAUCAGCGCCGAUUACUGUGUCGCCUCCACAGGACAUGCUGAACCAGGCAGAGUCCAAUUUGGCUAGCUCGAUGGCUUCUUUGUCUCGAAAUCACAACGUGAACAACCCGUUCGACCAGCGACAACGGCGUCAAGCACGGCCUCCUCCAAAGCCCACCACAAUGCCAAGCGAAAUGGACAUCAUCUGCUUACUGGACAGCGACAGCGACUGA